AUGGAAAACAAUAGCUUGACUGGAAGGAUUCCUCCUGAAUUGGGUUCUUGCCAGAGUUUGGCACUGUUGGAUUUGGCUCAGAAUCAGCUGUCUGGGGCUUUGCCAGUGGAGUUGGGUAACCUUAGCCAUCUUCAAGUCUUGAAACUUCAAUUUAACAAGUUGGCUGGUGAAAUCCCAAUUGAAAUUACUCAAUUGUCGAAGUUGUGGAUUCUAAAUAUCAGCUGGAAUUCUCUGAAUGGUCCGAUACCACCUUCGGUUGCAAGCUUGAAGAAUCUCAUUAACAUGAAUUUACAAGGCAACAAUCUCAGUGGUUCGAUACCGGAAAAUAUUGGCUCCCUGGCUUCUCUGUCGGAACUCCAACUUGGAGAAAAUCACUUGAGUGGUGGUGACAUUCCAAGAAUGCCAACUACUUUGCAGAUUGCUUUGAAUCUCAGCAGCAAUCUUUUUGAAGAAUAUAUUCCGGUAAAUCUUGCCAAUCUCACGUUAUUAGAAAUUCUGGAUCUCUCAAAUAACAAAUUCUCAGGUGAGAUACCCGCAUUUUUUGGGCAGUUGGGAACCUUGACGCAGUUGAUACUUUCCAACAAUCAGCUCUCUGGAGAAAUUCCAAAAUUUGGUUCUUGGGUCUUCGUCAACACAACUGGAAAUGAGGCAGCUGUUUUUGCUGGUGGAUGGAUCACCAUCAUUGGUAAAAAAAGUAGAAUUUGUAUAGUUUGGGAGGUCGAAAAUUUGUGGUAA